AUGCCCCCGAAGAAGCCGCCUGCCCCUGCGCAAGGCAAUGGCGAACAAUCCGUGAAGCAGGAAAGCACACCAACCCAAGAACAAGCCACCGCCGGCGCAUCACAAGAUGCAGCAGCAUCAACCCCAACCGCUGGCAGUCCACCAGCGCCAGCAACAGGACCUCCACGACCACCUCUUCAAUCCCUACGAGGAGGAUCAAGAGGACGCCCCGCACCGAAAUUCGCCGGUCGUAGAUCCCAAGCCGCACGACAAGAGGCCGAACAAGCGGCUGCUGCAAAGAAAGCUGAAGAGGCGCGGAUAGCAGCGAAUGAAGCCAAGCGUGCGGCUCGUGAGGCGAGGGCUUUUGGAUAUCAUGGAAGAGGUGGUGGGGAUAGAGGUGGACGUGGUGGGCGAGGUGGGCGAGGUAGAGGUGGGCAUAUGGGCGAUGAUCGGAGGAGGGGUGGGGAUGCUGUUGCUAGUGGACCUUUUGGUGCCGGACAGGUCUCGAGCGAGGUGAGGAGAUCGGGAUGGAGCUCGGGCGGUGGUGGGUCGGGAGCUUUUGGGAGUGGACUUUCGUCUGGAGGUGGUGGAGGUGGAGGGUCAAGAUAUGGCGGGGGAGGAGGUGGUGGAGGCGGCGGCGGUGGAGGUGGUGGUGGGAGAUCCUACGGCGGUGGAAGCUCUAGCGGUGUCAAAAUGGAGCCUGGAAUGGGAAGUGGCAGUAUGGGAGGAAUGCCGUACAUCAAGCCUGAGGACGGUGGCUACAUUUCCAGCGACGAUGACGAGGCGGAUACCGGUGGCCCCAAGCAGAACAUCGACCAGAUGCAAGUGAUCGACCUCACAGGAGAAGAUGACGAGAAAUUCGCGCCGGUACGAUUAUGGAGAGAAGAGCACAAAGACCGAACAGUUGGACUGAGUGUCGAGGAAGAGCUUGCACACGCAGGAGACGAUGUAGCCGAGAAUACAGCUUCAGAAAAGAAGAAAGGCAAGCAGCGUGUCCGGGAUCUGGAGGUCACUGGAGCCAAGGAGAGACCAAAGAGACCCACAACAUACAGCUCAUCUGACACCGACGGCGAGCCUCAUAUCAAGGAAGAGCCCGCGGAUGACGACUUGUCAACACGACCAACGACGCCAGAACCACAACCGCAACCUGCCGAGGGAGCAAUCGCGAGCCCACUGUCUUCUCCAGAAAGUAGACGCAAGGCGAAGGAGAAGGUCAAGUCCACUGCCGACGUUACAGUAGCAGGCGAAGAAGACGACUUCAUUCAGCCUGAGCCGCCCAAAUUCCAGACACAAGCAGAAAAGGACGAGUGGGAGAGGCGGUACGAUGAUCUGAGAGAUAUUCGAAACGAACUUGGACGACUGAUGCCGAAGACGACGAGCGACGGAGAUGGAGACGCCACCAUGGCGGAAACCACCCCUGCGUCUGAAAAGAUCAAGGAGCAGCAGCGGGUAAGAGGAGAGCAUGUCUACCUCUUCCAAUUCCCGCCUGUGCUGCCAGAUCUUUCGCCUGUGGUGGUCAAGCCAGACCCCGACACGAUUCGAGUCCGACAUCCAGACGACCCCGAGCCUAUGGAAGUGGACGGCCAGGAGGCAGAGCAAGAGGCAGCGAAGGAUGCGAAGAAAGAUGAGGCACAGAAGAGUGGCCAGCCCAAGCUGCCUGCUGGUGCAGUCGGCAAACUGAGAGUCCACAAAUCCGGCAAGACGACCCUGGACUGGGGAGGCACCAGCUUGGUUCUAGGCAUGGGAGCGGAGGCCACGUUUUUGCAGAACAUCAUGAUUGCCAAGAUGCCCGAGAAGAAGCCUCUGGAUGAUACCCAAGCGGCCUCGGACGACCAGGAGCCCGCGGUGGGCAUGGGCAUGGGCCAGAUUAGGUCUAAGUUUGUCGUCACGCCGGAUUGGGAUGAGAUCUUGAAGUGA